CACCCUUGUCACUAGAGCGAGUGUUCUGUUUUGUUCUACUUAUCACAGCUACUGUUCUGUUUUGUUCUCUUUGAUAAGUAGGUGGUUUCUGUUCUCAGAAUGGAGUCGUCGCUGAUACUUGGAGUACUUCUAGUUCUGUUCAUCACCCUUCCGACUUCGUCGUGCUCCCCGAAAACCAGGCGUUUCGAGUUCAAUGUAGAAUGGAAAAAUGUAACACGACUAUGCAAUACGGUGAGAGUGCUAACAGUGAACGGAGAGUAUCCGGGGCCAACCAUAACGGUUUACGAAGGUGAUAAUGUGCAGAUUAAAGUCAAUAAUCGCGGUCCUGACAACACGACGAUACACUGGCAUGGAGUAAAGCAGCUGAGAACAGGAUGGGCUGAUGGACCUGCUUAUGUGACUCAAUGCCCCAUCACACAAGGCAACUCAUACACAUACAAGUUCACCGUGACUGCCCAAAGAGGCACCCUCUGGUGGCAUGCCCAUUAUUCAUGGCAGCGCGCCACCGUCCACGGCGCUUUCAUCAUUAAACCUCGAAAGCCUUAUCCCUUUCCAGCUCGAAUCCGCGAAGAAAUUCCUAUAAUACUAGGUGAAUGGUGGAAUGGACCUGUUCAAGCUAUUGAAGAUUAUAUGAAAUUGACUGGUGAUGGCCCUAAUUCUUCAAAUGCCUACACUUUUAAUGGCUUGCCAGGAUCACUUUAUCCCUGCUCAAACAAAGACACAUUUGUUCAGAAAGUCGAAGGAGGCCAGACGUAUAUGCUUAGAAUAAUCAAUGCAGCUCUCAACCAGGAAUUAUUCUUCACAGUAGAGAAUCAUACCAUGACGGUUGUAGAAGUGGAUGCUACUUACACUAAACCUUUCACCACAACCGCGAUAAUGAUCACGCCUGGACAGACCACGACUGUUUUGCUUGCAACAGAUCAAAAACCUGGUUCAACCGGCAUGUUUGUGAUGGCUGCAAGGCCUUACCUUACAUCACUCUUCCCCUUCGACAAUUCCACCAGUAUAGGAUUUUUGAAGUACAAAGCCUCAGGAACCUUAAAGCUUAAGCCUCAAACACCUUCUCUUGGUUAUAUUCCUUCUAGUCUUCCCAAAAUGGAAGAUACUGUGUUUGCCACAAAAUUCACAGAUAAUCUUCGAAGCCUUGGGACUACAGAGUACCCCUGUAAUGUGCCAAAACAGAUAGACAAACGCGUGAUAACAACUAUAAGUCUGAACCUCCAGGAUUGUCCGAAGAAUAAAACCUGCAAGGGGCUUUAUGGGAAGAUAUUCUCUGCUUCGAUGAACAACAUUUCAUUUGUUCGCCCAAAAAUGUCGAUACUGGAAUGUCAUUACAAGAACCUUAGCAACAGUGGCAUAGACAACAAUUUUCCAGAGAAGCCACCAAAUGCUUUUGAUUACACUGGUGUGGAUGCGUUGAGCGAAAACAUGAACUCAGAGUUUGGUACUAAGAUUUUGGCAGUGCCCUAUGGGACAAAGCUCGAAAUUGUUUUGCAGGAUACAGGGUUUAUGAAUUUGGAAAACCAUCCAAUCCAUAUUCAUGGGCACAACUUUUACAUUGUGGGGACUGGACUAGGCAACUUCAAUCCUGCCAAGGAUCCGGCUAACUACAAUCUUGUUGAUCCUCCAGAAAGGAACACUGUGGGAGUUCCUAUGGGGGGUUGGGCUGCACUUCGAAUCAAUGCAGACAAUCCAGGAGUAUGGUUCAUUCACUGUCAUCUCGAGGAACACACUAGUUGGGGUCUGGCUAUGGGCUUGAUGGUAAAAAGUGGUUCAAAGCCAUCUCAGUGCAUGCUUCCUUUACCUGAUGAUUUUCCCUCCUGCUAAAACAGUAAUACUCUUUGAUAGAAAAUGCAGACAAAGGCGGAUCUAGGAAAGGGUACGGGCCUGGGAUAUGCAUCCCCGGAAAAAAAAUGAAAAAUAUUUCCUGAUCUGCCCUUCAAUGCAAAUGAUUUUGAGGGACUGAAACAAGAUAGUUACUUGUAAGUAAUAGUGAAUUGGUUUUCUGCUGUAUUUUAGUUUAGUAUACCGCAUAUAGAAUGUACUUUGAAUAAAAUCUUGAAUUGUUAUGUAGAAUAA